AUGGCACAAAAUGACGAAUCCAGACAUCAAGAAGUUGGGCACAAGAGCCUUUUGCAAAGUGAUGCCCUUUACCAGUACAUUCUCGAGACCAGCGUGUAUCCAAGAGAGCCAGAGCCCAUGAAGGAGCUCAGAGAAAUCACAGCCAAGCAUCCAUGGAAUAUUAUGACGACAUCUGCUGACGAGGGGCAGUUCUUGAACAUGCUGUUGAAACUGAUGAAUGCAAAGAAUACAAUGGAGAUUGGGGUUUACACAGGCUACUCUCUCUUGGCAACUGCCCUUGCUCUUCCUCAUGAUGGAAAAAUAUUGGCUAUGGACAUUAACAGAGAUAAUUAUGAAUUGGGACUCCCUGUGAUAGAAAAAGCCGGUGUUGCUCACAAAAUCGACUUCAAAGAAGGCCCUGCUUUGCCCGUUCUUGAUCAAAUGAUAGAAGAUGGAAAGUACCAUGGCACGUUCGAUUUCAUAUUUGUGGAUGCUGACAAAGAUAACUACAUCAACUAUCAUAAGAGGCUCAUCGAACUGGUCAAGGUUGGAGGUGUGAUCGGCUACGACAACACCCUAUGGAACGGGUCUGUGGUGGCGCCACCAGAUGCCCCAAUGAGGAAAUAUGUUAGGUACUAUAGAGAUUUCGUGCUCGAGUUCAACAAGGCUUUGGCAGCUGAUCCAAGGAUUGAGAUCUGCCAAUUGCCGGUGGGCGAUGGGAUUACCUUGUGCCGCCGUUUAGCAUGA